AUGACGACCUGCUUGCAUAUUAAUUCACCAAACCUACAGUCGCCAUCUACCUUUCAGGCUGUAUAUCGAGAAGACUGCACGCAGUGUUUUGACUCUAUUGAUGAUGAACAUGGCCUCAGUGUUUGCCUCUCCUGCUUCAAUGGCGGUUGUGCUGGAUCAAGGGACCAUGCCCGUCUGCACUUCGAGCGCUUCGGUCACCCUCUAGCACUAAAUAUCCAAAGGACUCGAAAAAAGGUCCAGCGAGAUGAGCCUCCACAAAAGAUUUCCAAACUUACAAUCAAUGCGGAAACAGACGAGGAUCGCUAUGAUACACGCACGCGUAUCGUCUGCUAUUCUUGUGGGCAAGAUAAUGUUGACGUUUCGACCGAUAAAGUCCAAUUAAUCGUUAGAGACGUGAUGAACGCAACGACAUUUUCAAAAAAAGAGGAGAUAAAGGCAUGGGAGCAAGAGUUUACCCCUUGUGAACACACAGUUGGCUUGAUUCAGCAGGAGCCCAAACCAAUCGACUCACAAGGUCUUAGUCAGUGUUCGAUGUGCGAUUUGAAACAAAACCUCUGGCUCUGUUUACAAUGUGGUAAUCUGGGUUGCGGCCGCAGCCAAUUUGGAGGUACAGGAGGUAACUCACACGGACUCGCACACUUUGAUGCGACAUCCCAUGCUGUUGCCGUUAAACUAGGGUCCAUAACUGCUGAUGGCUCCGCUGAUAUUUACUGUUACAAGUGCAACGAAGAAAGAGUCGAUCCUGAGCUUGCUGCUCACCUGUUUCAUUGGGGAAUUAAUAUAGCGAGCCGCGAGAAAACGGAGAAGAGCCUCAUGGAAAUGCAGGUCGAGCAGAAUCUAAAAUGGGACUUUUUAAUGACUACGGGAGAUGGGCAUGAUCUCAAUCCAGUCUUCGGGGCAGGUCUCACAGGCCUGUCAAACCUCGGGAACAGCUGCUACCUCUCUAGUGUUAUCCAGUGUCUUUUUGGUCUGCCAGAGUUUCAACGCAGAUAUCAUCAUCCCGGUGAAAAGCCACCUCUUUCUGAGACACCAGCUGAAGAUUUCGAGACACAGCUCCGGAAAUUGGCAGACGGAAUCAUCUCCGGGCGAUAUUCCCGAGCAGAUGAAAAGACUGUGGCUUCUCCCGAACCUCGCGAGGUUUUGCAUCAGAAAGGGUUGGCACCAUCAAUGUUCAAACACCUAAUUGGACGCGAUCAUGUCGAGUUUUCGACUAUGAGGCAGCAGGACGCCUUUGAAUUUCUGCUCCAUGUUUUCAAACAUGUCAGCUUGUCCAAACACCCAUCUGGGCUGAUUAAUCCUAUCGAGUCUUUCAGGUUCAACUUGGAGCAGCGACUGCAAUGCUUUAAGUGCAGGAGGGUCCGCUACAGACUUGACGAGCAGGAUAACAUCUCCAUCCCAGUUCCCUCCCGCCGACAGGCCCAUUCGGAUUAUACUAACGAUAGCGAUUCUUUUGAGCCCGUGACACUCUUUGACUGUUUGGACGCAUUUACGUCUGAAGAAACUGUUGAUCUUCGCUGUACUUCCUGCGAUAGCCAAGAGAAAUUCUCCAAAAGAUCUGCCUUCAGAACGAUGCCGGCAGAACUGGUAAUUAAUGCUCGACGAUUCGAGUUGGUCAAUUGGGUGCCAACCAAGCUAAAUAUUCCGGUCGAUGUUAACGAUGAACCCAUUGAUUUAAGUCAUUAUCUUUCCACGGGUCCUGCCGAGGGUGAAGAUAUGCUGCCUGAUGAUGGAGACGCGGACGGUGGCUUCCAAGUUAACAUGGAUCUGCUUAGUGAACUUCUUGGGAUGGGCUUUCCACAGGUCAGGUGCGAGAAAGCUCUCUAUUCCACGGGGAACGCAGACCUUGAAGCCGCGAUGAAUUGGCUCCUAUCCCACUUGGAAGAUCCCGAUAUCGAUGAACCCAUUAACAAAAAAAAGGCCUUGAAAAAUUGGGCAGAUGAACCGGAUGCUACCAAGGUGGCUCAGCUAACCGAUAUGGGGAUAGACGAUUCUCGUGCGAGGCGGGCGUUGGUCGCCACAGGUGGUGAUAUCAGCCGUGCCAUCGACUGGGUCUUCAGCCAUCCGGACAAUAUGGAUGAAAGCCCUACCGAGCAACAAGCCAGCGAGGGUUCCGGUGCCCUUCCAACACCUGGCUUCGAUACCACUCCAGCGACCUACCAGCUUCAAUCAAUAAUUUGCCACAAGGGCGCUUCCGUACAUGCUGGACAUUACGUGGCAUUUGUCAGGAAAGCUUUGCCAGGAAAGUCGGGACUUUCAUGGGUAAUGUUCAAUGAUGAAAAGGUUGUGGAGGUGGAGGAUGUACAAGAGAUGAAAAAAUUUGCGUACCUCUACUUUUUCUCUAGGUUAUAG